AUGAAGGGAGAGCUGCUCUGCCGCCCCGCGCCCAGCAGGUGGGCCCAGGAGAGGCGAGAGAAGGCCCAGGCCUGGCGCGCGGGAUGCCCUGUUUCACACCACCGUUUCCACGUGCUGUUUAGCAGCAACAGACUGAGCCCGCUCCUCCAGAUCAGGUGGCGGGUGACGAGGAGGGAGAGGACAGGGAGGCAGCCUGGAAGCUUAAAAGGCAGCCCGCCCCAGGACCUCCGAGAGCAUGCCUCUCCCGGUGGUCCCUCUGCAGGCCUCUUCAAGCUGGUGGAGGGCUUCUUCGACCGCGGUCGGUGCAAGCGCGUCAUGGAAGACAAGCUGAUGGCAGACGUCAACACCUGGGAGAGCAAAGAGCAGAAGCAGAACCUGCGUGGCAUCCUGAGAAUCAUGGAACCCCGCAACCACGUGCUGAUCCUGUCCUUCCCCACUGCCGACGGCGGCUCCUGGGAGAUCCCUGAGGGCUACCGGGCCCAGAGUAGCCAGCAUUGCACGUCCUGCAAAGGAAGGGUCCGCUACUGUGAAGAUGUGAGUGGAGAUGAAGUAAAAGCUUUGGCUUCAGGGAAACUCAAAUGUUCCGUGGAAGUUGGCAACAUAACCACAGUCACUGCGUUUGUUCUCCUAGGACUACUCAACAACCCUCAGAUCCAGGUAGUACUAUUUGUAAUAUUACUGGUGAUUUACAGUUCCCUCACAGGAAACCUGCUGAUGCUGCUGGUGAUCAGGACUGGUUGCCAUCUCUGCACCCCCAUGUACUUCUUCCUCAGUCACAUCUCCUUCCUGGAUGCUUUCUAUUCCUCAAUCAUAGUUCCUAAGCUGCUAGAGAACCUUCUUUCCAAGUGGAAGGCUAUAAUCCUCCUUGAGUGUUUCACCCAGAUCUCCUUGGUCGUAUUUUCCGGGGCUUGCCUUCUUUCACUUCUUUCACUUCUUACUGAAGCUUGCCUUCUUUCAGUCAUGGCCUGUGACCAGUUCCAGGCCAUGUGCCACCCAGUGCUGUAUGUGGUGGCUAUGAAGAAGGUGUGUACUGGCCUCAUGGGAGCAACCUGGGCCUUAGGAAUGGGGAUGGGCCUUGUUAACACCAUCCUCCUUGCUCAGCAUCACUUCUGUGGCCCCAACCUCAUUCACAGUUUUGCCUGCGAGCUUCCCCCUAUGUUCGUGUUGGCCUGUUCUGAGCCCUACGUUAACAUUGCCUCCAUCCUGACCACCAUGGUGGUCCUGGGCCUUGGUACCCUUGUCCUAUUGCUGGGAUCCUACACCCGUAUCAUGACAGCUGUGGGAAUCAACUCUGCCACGGGUCAGAGCAAGAUCUUCUCUACCUGCUCAUCUCAUUUUCUUGUGGUCACCAUCCUUUAUGGUUCAGGAGUUUUCAGGUACAUGACUCCAGCUUCCGACUCAGCCCUGGAGCAAGUGCUGUCAGUGCAGUACAGUGUGGUGACCCUGCUGCUAAAGCACCUUAUCUACAGUCUGAAGAACCAGGAGGGGAAGGAAGCUCUGGGGAGGUUACUGGGCAGGAAUCCCAGGCUUACCUUCUAA